UCCUCCAAAGUGGGGUACACUGCACCCCGAAGCUCUGCUGACCAGGCACAGUCUGACGGUGGGAAGCAUCUCCUGCUGAGACGGGGGUAGCCGACCUGGAUGCUCAGGGCCAUGACGCUGGGGAAGGGCCCCUGCAAGCCCUCUGGCACCCCCUUCCUGCCCACGUGGAUAUGGGGGGCUCCCCUGGGGCUUGCGAUGGGGCCAGAGAGGCAGUGUUCCCAGCAGACCUGCGGGCAGAGCCUCGGGAGUGAUGCUUGGCACCCCCGCUGGACAGGCCGGGUCUCGGUGCCCAGGGGCACCCGACAGUCUCCCAUCAACAUCCAGCGCAGGGACAGCAUCUACGACCCCCGGCUGCCACCGCUCAAGGUGGCCUACACCGCUGCGUCCUGCCAGUGCCUGAGGAACACCGGCUACCUCUGCCAGGUGGACUUCGACGAGGCUGCCGAGGGCUCAGGGAUCAGCGGGGGGCCCCUGGAGAGCCACUACCGGCUGAAGCAGUUCCACUUCCACUGGGGAUCCACGGACACGCAGGGCUCUGAGCACACAGUGGACCACCGUGCCUUCGCGGCAGAGCUGCACCUGGUUCACUGGGAUGCCACGCGGUACCCGAGGUACCAGGAGGCGGUCCUCGGGGAGAGGGGCCUGGCUGUGACCGCCGUCUUUCUGAAGCCGGGCGCCCCACACCAGGCCCUGCAGCAGCUGGUGGACGUCUUGCCAAAGAUAAAACACAAGGAUGCGCAGGUGGCCCUGGGCCCCUUCGACCCCUCCUGUCUGCUGCCCGUCUGCCGGGACUACUGGACCUACGCAGGCUCCCUGACCACCCCGCCACUGGCCGAGUCGGUCACCUGGAUCAUCUACCAGAAGCCCAUCGAGGUGGCUCCCAGCCAGCUGGCCGCCUUCCGCACACUGCUGUUCUCUGCCGUGGGUGAAGAGGAGGUGGCGAUGGUGGACAACUUCCGCGGGCUUCAGCCUCUGAUGAACCGGGAGGUGCGCGCAUCCUUCCAGGCGUUGAAGCACAAGCGUGGUCCUGACACCCCCGAGACCGCGUGAGCGGGCAGCGUGGACGUGGCAAGGGCAAGCACGGCCCCCGGUCGGUCUCCACAUCCAGUCCCUCUGACUCCUGAAAUAAAUGGAACGUCCUUGUUCCCACCAA